UGUACCAUGGUGUACCCGGACCCACCAUGAUUUCGAGCAUGAACUGACAAUACACUGUACUUUCCUGGUGUAGCCCUCGAUCUCGAUGUCAACUCCUACCAGCAUCACAUCUGCACUUGACCUCAGUCUGCAUAAAGUCAUCAGAUUACUGUGAAUAGUGUAUUUCGACACUCCCAAUCCCAUUCAUCUCGUUCUUUGUUGCAAUGUCGAGCCAGAAACGUAUCACUGAACGCAGCAAUGAGCUGACGAAGAAUAUUGACUCCGGAAGUGCGGAGGACAUUGUCUAUGCGCUGUCACUCAGCGACGCGCAAAUAUUUGACGGUUUUGAGGCGUACGAGUCGAUCCUGUCGGCGCGAAUUGUGACCUCCAUCGAGGAACUUUGCUCAACAUCGACACGGCUCAUUCUAGACACGUUAUCUGGUCGAGCAGACAAUGUCAUUGUUUUCUCUGGUUCCGGUACCAGUGGCCGCAUGGGAUGGUUGUGUGCACGGACGUUCAAUCAGAUCUUGAAGGACGCCGGUCACCCUGCCUGCUUCAAGUACAGCAUUUCCGGCGGCGACGAAGCGCUCAUCGUCAGCAAAGAGAUGCCGGAGGACAGUCCAGUGUUAGGUGUGCAAGAUUUGAAGGAGAGGAUUGGCAACAAGGACCGGGCUCUGAUAGUUGGUAUCACGUGUGGACUGUCUGCUCCUUAUGUUGCUGGUCAGCUGGACUGGGCUCUUGGCCAGGAGCAUGUCACGCCCUGUUUGAUGGGCUUCAACCCGGUAGAGAUUGCUCGCAAUGAUUCCGUUGAGAAUUGGAGCAAGACCUGUCGCCAAGUGUUCACAGAUGUAUACAAGGCGGCAGCAUCUGCAGACAAGGAUGGUGAAUUCGGUGCUUUUGUACUAAAUCCUGUCGUUGGUCCUGAACCAGUCACAGGAUCCACCAGAAUGAAAGGUGGCUCGGCGACCAAGAUCCUUCUGGAGAUCGUCUUCAUGCGUGCUAUUCACCAAGCCCUGGAAUCUUAUAUUAGUGGACAGGAACAGCCUGUAGUCACUGCUAUCGGACCUUCCAGUGAUGCUGCUAGUGAUGAUGGUAGCUCACUGGAGCCAGUUGCCAAGAGAAGCAAGAACUGCGAGAGCAGUGCUUCAUCUGCUACCGCUACCAUAUCCAUGUACAGACAAGCAUGCGACUGUGUGUACAGGUCAUGUGCUGAGAUUGGUGAAGUGCUACAGAGCGGUGCAACUAGCAUAUCCACUGGAGGACAUCUCUACUACCUGGGAUCAGGCUCGUUUGCCCUACUGGGACUUAUCGAUGCAUCCGAGAUGGUGGACACCUUUGGCACAUCUGCGGAUGAAGUUCGUGGAUUUGUGGAGGAUGGCUGGGCCAUUUGUGCCAACGAACAAGGUGACCUAUCAUCCACUGGGCGAGCAUUUCGUAUGUCAAUUGAUCACUUCAAUGAGGACAUUGCAGCACGUCUCAGCGAGCGUGACACUGUCGUGUUGCUAAGUAACGCCAGUACACUGACCAAGCCCAUGCAGCACAUCUGGAGCAUUGUGAUGAAGUCACAAGCACGGCUUGCCCAUGUCACAGUCUCAGCGUCAUCAAGUGCUAGCCCAACUGUAACAGAUCAAUGUGACAGGGAGUGCUUGCGGGUACCCAUCGCCUUGCAGUUUCCAGACUCAUCAAAAUUCCGCCACGUCUUGGAGCAGUUUGCCAUGAAGCUGGUGCUGAAUGCCAUCUCAACCGGCGCAAACAUCAAAAGAGGAAGAGUGCUCGGCAAUACGAUGAUCAAUGUGUCCGUCUCCAAUAAUAAGCUCUACUAUCGGGCGGCGUCCAUCGUCAAGGAGAUGACGUCAGCAAGCGAUGAAGAGGCGUUUGCCACUCUGCACCGCUCCAUCUAUCGCAGUCAACCUGAUGCGCUGGCAGUAGUACAGUCAAAGCUCAUAUCAGAGCACAUCCUGGCAGCCAGGCAUUUGCCCAUGGUUGUUCCGCUGGCCAUUCUCCUGACCACUGAGAAGUACCGAGGCCCAGACACGCAGAAUGUUGCUGAUGCCCUCGAAUGCCUAUCUACAGCUGGUAGCUUGCGGCAGAGUUUGACUGCAUUUAGCAGGCAGUAGUAUUGUACUUGACUCAUGCUUAGGUUGGUUGGUCUUGUGCCUGGCCCGAGAGUGUGUAGUGCUAUGUCACUACUUAGUUUUAACUAGAUCUACCAUCUACAAGACCUUCAAUAUUGAUGGGUUUUGUGUAGGAUCUGAUGGUCUGAUUUUAUUAUUAUAUUUUACAAUAAUCCACCGCUGAUCAGAUGUGCAGUGUCACGCGGCAUAAUAUAAUGGGAUAAGAGUGGGGAAGGGGCAUGGGAAGGUUCAUCGCCCAUGGUUUCUCAGUUUUACUGCCGCUCAUUCAUUCCGAAAUGUUAAGACUGUGCGUGGGGUUUGCUUCCAUCCUCCCCCGCUUUUCUCUUUUUCAUAGCAUUUUUCUCUCUCAUUUUGAUGGUAUGCCAUUCGGGUGUGAUCAGAGACACUUGUAGUUUUUCUUACAUGAAGCAAGCCUAUUUUUAAAAUUUUCAAAGCAGAUUGCGUCAAGGACGGUAUGCUUGUUGUUGUUUGUUUAUUUAGAGUCUCCGCGGCCUAUUUAUGACAGUAUUUCCAAAUUUGAUUUUAGGCUGAAGAGUAGCAAAUGGCAUUGAUCUGCAUAUUGAUAUAUUUAUAAUUGCUAAUUUUCAUUGA